AUGGGUGCUGUCUCUCAGUUCUUCAAGCGUGUCCUCUACGGCCUCGCAUUAGGUGCAGCAUCCGGGGCUUUGGCAGGCAUACUUCUCGGGAUCGGCGUAGGCCUUGUUACCGGCGCAAUUCUUGGAAUUGUACUGGCGAUUCCCUUAGCGCUGCUUGCGGGCAUUGUAUUAGGUCUCAUUGCGGGAGCUAGCGAUGCCGCUGUGGAAAAGGUGGCCGCCAUUCUGAGCCAGGCCAAGGCAGCUGUGACAAACCUAAUCAAUUUCGGAUUGGGUCUUCUAGAGGGCGAUCAGAAGAGUGAUUGA